UUAUAUCUUUGGUUAUGUACAUAUAGAACAAAGACAAUAACGAAAUUAGUAUUCAUCUGAUAAUGAAUGAUAAAUAGGACCUUUAAGAAGGUCGUACACAUACCUAAGACAAUUCGUCCCUCUUAAUGCUCUCCAAAAGUGAGGUACUUCCUCGUUUGCAGUACUAUCUGGUCCUCAAUAUGUGCAAGAGACUAUCAAUCGAUAAAGAACGUCCAGAAUAGGGCCUCUAGACUGGUGUCUCAGCACUACGACACUUCAGGAGCCAGCAGAGGCCGGAGACAAGACUACAGAGGAGAAGGAGCAACAGGAAGCCUCCAUAGAAAUGAUGGAGGAGGGACCAGUUAACCGUGGUGCCAUACCAUCAACUUUUGACCAGCGGCCUGUCACCUCAGGAAGUGCUGAUCGACCCUUGACAAGAGGAGCAGUUGGAAUGGAUAUUGCUACUCCUAGAUCUGGCAUGAGUAUGGAAAGACCUGACACCCGCCAAACUACCUCGUAUGGGGAACGUCCAGUGACACGACAGGGGGAUGGAAAUAGUAGACCUACAACAUCAGGUCGGCCUAUCACAGCUCGUCCUGUGAGUGCUGCUCUUCGAGGCGCACCAGGGACAGCUUCCAGACUCCUGUCAACAGCAAACAUGCAGCGCCCUGGAACAAGAACUGGUGUAGCUACUGGCAUAGGCUUUAACACCCCAAUAAAUGUUGUGGAUCGACCAAUCACUCAGCAAGGACUAACUGGCAUGAAGACAGGAUCAAGAGGACCACAGAGGCAGGUACGAGACAAGAGUUAUUUUAUGGGUCUUCUUCGAACAAAAAUCACUGAACUGGGCACUGAAGUGAGUCAUCUGAGUGGAGAGAUUGACUCAAUGAAACAAGAGCAAUCAACCUUCUUGACUUAUGACAAGAGAGUGAAGGAGAUGGCACACGAACUCACUGAGAUGCAAGGGAACUUAGCUGACUACAACCUGCUGGUGGACCUAAUAAACACAGAUACUGAACGGGUUGAGAUAGAUGACGAGACUCGGGAAUUUAAAGAAUCCAAUCAGCAUGAGGCAGAAAACUUGGAAACACUAUUUAGUCAUAAGCAGGAUUUGGAGUCUUUGAUGAGACAACUGGAAGCAGAAAUUGAGGAGGAGCGGCAUGUGGGAGAGACCGUUGUGGAGGCCAUGCACCCAGAGCUUCGUCAUAAGUACCUUGAUCUGCGGAAUUUGAACACCAGUCUCCUGCAACACCUUGAUAUGAUGCAACACCAGUUAGAUGCAUCUGAUAACCGCAAAGCUACACUAGAAGAUGAACUUUCUACAUCAAAGGUGAAGCAGGAAGCUGUUGGCUUGUAUGAGAAACUUCAGGAGUUGGAAGAGAAAAGAGCAGAGAUCAUUGCUGAGAACCAGAAGAGGGGAACUCCAAAGGAAGAGAGAGAGAGACUUUUGCUCCAGUUGAAGGAGGACAAUGCAGAAAUUGCCACAAUGGAGCGUCAGUUAAAUGAAGUCCACGAGCAAAUGAAGCGGUGUCAUGAAGAGGUCCAACUACUAGAUCAGGAGUUAGAAGAAAAUCAGAGUGAGAGAAGUCAGAAGUACCGUGAACUGCGGAAGCGGGAAGAAACAAUGGAACAAUUCCUGACAACUUUUGAGCAGAAUAAACAGGAGGAACUCAGUCGAUUAGAAAUUCUGGAAAAUAAUAAUGUUGCUCUUCUCGAAAAACUAUCUCGUCAUCUUGCCCACUUUAAACAUCUACCAAGUACUCAGGACUUUGAUGUGAUGCGUACUGAUCUGGCUUUUAAAGAAGGAGAGCUGGAGAAGUCUCGUUAUACAGAACAAGGCUUGAAGCAUGAGAAUUUAAAUCUUCAGACCAACUUGCAAAAGAUAGAUGCUUUGGAAACUAAAGUACAAAAAGAGAUGGUGGAACUAAAAGAAAAAUUAGGUCGGAUGGAAAAAGAAAUAUUAGAAUUCUCAGAUCUAGAUGGUUUGAGAACACGAGCUGAGGAGAAGAGGAAGAAACUGGCUCAGGAGAGGGAAGACCUAGAAGCCAGAAAAGUGUGUAUUUCUCAGAGUCUGCAGGAGAUUAACAGUACCAUUUCUUCAACUAAGAACCAGCUUCAUGAAAAUGAAACAUACACCCAACUUACAAACCUGGAGAAGAAGUGGGCUCACCUGGAACAAACCAAUUUUACUCUCCGGGAGUUCAUUGCACAGAGGAAAGCUGAAUCUAACUUUUUACCAUUUAAAAAUCAAGCCAUGAAACUUGUUCAAGAAUAUAAUAGAUCCCUACAAGAAGUGGUGCAGAGUGGAGGUAACAUCAUGUGAAUUUCUGAAUUUAUAUAACAUUUUCCUGUAUUUAAGUUCACCUGUAAAGCCUUCACUAAAGAUUUUCAUAGAAAACACUAGUUUGUCAGUUUUGUUUGAUGUUUUUCUUUGUAUACAGUAAUAUAUGACAUACAAUAUAUGCAACAAACAUGUAUAGUUAUUAUAUCCACUGUACUGUAUCUCAACAAAUACUGUUCAAGAUGUCCAGCAUAAUAAAAAAUGAAUAACAAUGUGAAAACUUA